GCGAGCUCCAUAAACGUUCUCGCGCGGAAAUGACAUUUUGUUUUGACAUUUGCAUCUGACAUUUCCUCUUCAUCUGUGAAAUGUUACGAUUUCAAAAUGAUUCAAUUUCGUGUUUUAUACAAGUUAUUAAUUCCUGAGUGAUGUGUAAAUCAAUACUAUUAAUAACCACAAGGUUUACGUUAAAAUAGCAUAAGAGUAACGGUUUAUAUAAUAUAAUAUUCGGUAACAAAAUAUAUUUUAUCGCUAUUGCGAUAUUAAUAAUUAUCGUUUCGAGUGACUUUUAUCACAAUCAAAGUGGAAUUUAUAUGGCUAUUCUUUUUAUCAAUAAGUGUAGAUGCAAGGUCAGUUUAUUUGUCGAAUAUUAAAUGAACAAACGCAGGUUUAUAGGUUAGUUUGUUAACUUAUCAGUGCCAAAGUACACAAACGUAUCAAAGUCCACAUCUACCAUGACUGUGACCAAACUGCUUAAAGCUCUCAUAUUGGGAGCACCAGCAUCAGGAAAAGGAACAAUAUCGUCUCGAAUUGUAAAGAAGUACUCAGUUGAGCAUAUAUCCAGUGGAGAUAAACUCAGAGAUCAUAUAGAGAAGCAAACAGAACUUGGAAAAGAGGUAAAAAAAUAUUUGACGGAAGGAAAACUUGUUCCUGAUGAUGUUAUGAUUAAAUUUAUGAUAACAGAACUGAAGAAAGUUGAAAAUAAGCCUUGGUUAUUAGAUGGAUUCCCUAGAACAGUUGGACAAGCAAACGCAUUGUGGAAGGUACAGCCUGUGGAUGUUGUUUUAAAUCUUGUGGUGCCAUUUGAGGUUAUUAUUGAUAGAGUAAAAAGCCGUUGGGUGCAUCUGCCUUCAGGAAGAGUGUAUAAUAUUGGAUUUAAUACACCUAAGAUUGAGGGCAAAGAUGAUGAAACUGGUGAUGAUCUAAUUCAACGGCCAGACGAUAAGCCUGAAGCAGUAAAGAAAAGGCUUGAGAUAUAUGAAAGUGUCACUCGUCCUGUCAUAGAGUUUUAUAAGCAGAAAGGGAUUCUAAAGGAAUUUGAAGGACGUACCUCUGAUGAAAUAUGGCCUAAGGUAAUUGCAUAUUUAGACCCUAUUUUUGCAAAGAAAUGAUAGUUUUUGAUUACUUGUUUGUUAUUCUUAGUGUAAGAAUUGGGUAGUUUCCUAGGUCAAAGAUUAAAAAUUAUGAAAUUCUGAUUACUAAAUAAAAACAGAUCUAGAGGUGACAAAAAUAUUUUCUUUUUUCUAUUUAACUUAUUAAUGAAUAAAGAAAAAUGUAAUAAUAAGUUCGGCAUUAUGUCACAUUUUUCUAUGAUGUCACAGGUUGCUUUUUCAUAUAAAUUUUAUAGUAAUUUUGUGUCUUGGUGUUUAGUAAAAAGUAACUGAUUUGACUAGUUGGAAACUACCCUAUUGGUGCUAGUGUCAUUUUACAAUUAAGAUUAAAAUAUAGUCUCUUGACAAUUAUCCAGUUAGUAAGUAGCAGCUAGCUAAGACAGGAAUGCAAUUGCUCCUGUAUUUAAGAUUGUACCUACAAUUGUAGAGAGUAUAACCGGAUAUCAUACCUAUUAAUAUUAGUAGUAUGCCAUAAAAACUGCACAAUUAUUUGAUAAACUUAACAAAUAUCACACCAAAGAAGUUACCUGAUAUCUACUGAUAAAUAUUGUACAUAAUUUAUUAUCUUAAAUAUUUUACACAUGUUAUUGAAAAUCAGAUUUAGUCCAGUGUACUAGACAGUCUUCCAUAUUUCGUGAUUUUAAUGCACAAACUGUAUACAAUAUAUAUAUAUAUAUUAUAUAAUAAGCUAUAAUAUUAGUGCCUUAUAGGCUCAUCAUAAUGUUACUUAUAUGGUAUGUACUAGUCUCUAAUCAAGUUUCUAGCCAUGUGAAAUUGUAAUUCUUGCUCAGGCAUUUUACAAUGCCAUGUAGACCUAGAAGAUAAUUAUAACUAUUAUUUUAUCAAUUUUAUCCAAUUAUUAAUAUUUGUACUUUCGUUUUGUUUAUGUAAUCAUUUCUUUAGAGUUUUGUUAUGAUGUUAUUGAGAUAAUGGUGAAUAAAUAGUGUUGCUGUUAAUUAAA